CAAUUUACAUCGACACCGGUCGUUAUUGCGUCAGGAUGGCGGCGGCUGCAGUCAAACUGACUGAAGAGUUCUUGCGAUGCACCAUUUGCACCGAGGUCCUACAGGAGCCAUGCACACUUGUCUGUUAUCACACAUUCUGUCGGAAAUGCGUCGUCAACUACACCAAAACCAAACCAGAAGCCAUCAGUGCCAAGUCUCUUCUGUGUCCAUUCUGCAGCAAGAUGACGAAAGUGUCUGAUCCUGACAAACCAGUGGAGGAAUGGGCGGAUGACGUCAAGCCAAGCUUUGUCAUCCAGGGACUGUUGGACUCCUUUGGUCCGGGAUCUAAAGACAUGACUAACUGCCAGUAUUGUAAAGAUAUAGGGGAGACAAUUCCAGCUGUUUCCUGGUGCUCCGUUUGUGAUGAUGCAGUCUGUGAAAAAUGUGCAGCAAUGCACAAACAAAUUCCAGCAACACGAAACCAUGAUGUUAUCGUUUUUACAGGAGAUACAAAAACCACGCAAAGGCGAAAGGCAAUGUGCGAAGAGCACACAAAUGAAUGCAUUGAAUUUGUUUGCAAGGAUUGCAAAAAGCUUAUUUGUCAGAAGUGCGGCGUAGUCUACCACAGGAAAUGUUCAUCUGUUGUGACAAUUGAAUCAGAGCUUACCGAGAUGAAGACAACACUGAUGACAAAAAGGAAGUCGUUGCUUACAGACGAACAAACGAGGAAGGACCGAGUCAGAGAACAGAAACUAAAACUUACUGAGGUCAGUGAAUCAUCGUCAGAACUGGAGUCACUGAUUCGGUCGUCCUGUGACAUGGCCAGAGAAAAGAUUAAACAGAAGGAGAACACACUCAUAAACAAACUGAAAGAAGCUACAGAAAUUCACCUUGGACAGCUAAAAGCUGACAUCAAGGCGGGAGAAAUGUCAAUGCAGAUGUACCACCAGGAGGUCGAGCUGAUAGAUAAGGGUCUGGAGACUGAAUGCCAGGUGGACAUGUACCGAAUGUGUCAAUGGUUUGAGGAGGAACGUCUAGAGGAGGCAGUUCUUAAUGAGACUGUGGACAAAAUCAUAUUUGAACAGGAUGUGGACCGGCUUGUCAAUGUUCUAGACAAUUUACCAUUGGGAGACAUUGAAGUUGUGUAUAAGGGUAAUGAGAUGCAUGGUGAUGGUGGGUUUGAUUUGCAGGCAACGCCUGUCUUACAUGACACAAUAAACAUUAGGUUACCAUCUGACAAGAUGUCACCCUCACCCUUGGAUGUAAUGAUGAUGGUGGUCAACAAUACGCAUACACUGGUGCUAACAGAUGACAACAAUAGCAAUAUAAAGUCCUUCUACACCCGGAAUAAUCAGGCAUGUCAAAGUAACCUUCAUGUUGGAGGUCGGCCAAGCAAUAUAGCGAAAUUGUCACACAAUCAGGUGAUUGUAUCUUUUGUCAAUGAACGAAAACUUGUAACGGUUGGCGUCACACCAGACCUUGCGCAUCUAUCAAGGAUCAACACAAGCAAGGGUUAUUAUGGUUUGACUGCUCUGACAUCGUCAACACUAGCUGCCGGGUCAAGAUUGCCUCCGUGUGUGGAUAUAAUUGAUACGGCGGGGAACGUUCUGAGGUCGUUUAUGCCGCUGGUAAAUGAGGUACCACUGGUCAAAAGACCCAAUUUCCUCUGUACAUCGAGGACAGGAAACAUCAUUGUGUCGGAUGAAGGAACCAGGCGUAUACUGUGUUUGGCACCAGAAGGAGAUGUCCUGUUCGAACUCAACCAUACAGGAAAUGAAAUCAUUCAAGACCCUCUUGGUAUCACAAGCACGAACUCUGGUGACAUCUUGGUUGCGGAUUGCUUAGGGCACAGGAUAAUACAUUUGACUGAGUCUGGAGAUUUUGUGAGAAACAUACUGACAUCAAAGGAGGGUAUAAACUAUCCACGUGGAAUUUGUGUUGAUGGACUCGGUCGCCUUCACAUAUGUUACUUCAGGGAAGGCACGAUCAAGGUGUUCUCCAGUAAACCAUGACAAUUACCACAUCAUGCAUCAGAAAUAUAAAGUGUGUCUCUGUGAUCACAAGGUUUAUUCAGAAACACCGUACAGAUUGAAUGAGAUUGAAGUAGAUUAAUUCUUUUCCAAGACACGCAUGGUUUGAGACAUAAUUGCAUGAAUUACACCCCAGAUGUAAAUUUUAAACACUACUUCAUGUCUUUCAUUAUGUGGACAUCUCGAUUGUCAGAUGGACUUCGGUGUCAAUGCAGAGUCUUGGCAGACUUCUACAGAAAGAUAUGCGCA